CUGUUUCUGCUGUGUGGGUUGUCUGCUGCUUCCUUCCCUGAGCCACACACUGAUGGAGACACCUCUUGAGAAGGCCCUGACCACUAUGGUCACCACUUUCCAUAAAUAUUCGGGGAGAGAAGGCAGCAAACUGAUCCUGAGCAGGAAGGAACUAAAGGAGCUGAUCAAGAAGGAGCUGUAUCUUGGAGAGAAGAUGAAGGAGAGCAGCACUGAUGACCUGAUGAAGAGCCUGGACAAGAACAGUGACCAGGAGAUCGACUUCAAGGAGUACUCGGUGUUCCUGACCACGCUGUGCAUGGCCUACAACGACUUCUUCCUGGAGGACAGUGAAUGACCGGGGCUCAGCCCCUUCCCCCUGGUCUCUGCAACUUCUCUCACAGCUCCUCUCUGGCCCCUUGUCCUCCUCUCCCUUCUGGAUGGACCCUGCUUCAGCCUUCCCUUCCAGCAGAGGAAAUAAGAUUUUCCAUUCCUGGCUGGUUUCGAAGAUGUCUUGUCCACCUUGCCUGGGGGUGGGUGGGGCAAGGCAGAACUUCUCCUUGAGUGUGUUGAGAGCCUCUGGGAGUUAGGGUCCUCGGCUUCCACCCCACUUCCUGCCCUUCUUCAGUGUGGAUGUCACUGAGCUUGCUGGGUUUAGUUUUGCCUCUCCGGAAAAUGGGGAAGUUGGGCCAGGCUUUCACUUGCCUCCCAGGGAAAGCGAAGAGGAAGUGCUCUGAUAGAGCAUAGGCAGUGAGGGAGCUGGGGGAGGCUCCUGAGGGCAGUGGUGGACAAGCC